AAACCGGUAUUUUAUGCUCAUCAAAACUACCUUCAUCAACCAUUACCACACUCAACGGACGCGAAAGCUGUGCCGGUAAAAGCUACACUCGCUUUGAAAGCUCACAACAUAACCACACACACGCACGCAACGCGCAUGUCCCGUCCGAUGGCAGCUGUCAAAAUGUGUAUACUCGUGCGUCCUUCGCCAGGAUGAGACGGAUGAUAAACGCUGAGAGUCAUUACGCACGGCAUCCUGCAAAGCAUCCUAGUAUUUGAGCAACUUCUCUCGAAGCGGUGUGACUAGCGGUUGUGUACGUGCGCGUCGCGGCCUGGACCAUGGGUAGGAUAAUCCCGCCAAGAGGUGUAAUACGGCUGCCGUAGCAACAGCAACAUCUCCAUCCGAACACGCACCGAGCGUACGUAGGCUCCCGCACCGUAGGAGGCGGCGGCCACGGUUUACACGUCAAGGGAAAGUGUUUCGGUGUGUGUGUGUGCGACGAGUGUUUGUGUAUUGGUGGUACUGCACUGUACGCGUAGUAUGUUUAUGAAGGAUGGUGCAAUGUUGAAUGUUUCGCCAGUGUCAAAGCAUCCUUCGUCUAGCCUGGAACCUGGUAGAUGAGCGUUCCAGGCGUUCCAUUCUUUCCACUGUUCAGUGCGAACGUGCCGCAGAAAAGUCAGAAAACGCAAAGCAGACUGUGCAUUGUGUGACGUGUGCCUGGGAUAUUAUAGAGUAUUUGUUGUGCUUAAGAUAAAGCUCCUUUGUUACGCAGUUGAAAUGCUGUAAUAGCUGUGUGUACCUCUACCUCUUUGCUGUGGAAAAAAAAGGGAAGAUAUUCUCAAAUGAGCUGUUGGAUCUGAAGAAGCUCUUCGUGUGCGUGUGAGCGUGUUUAGAAACAGAAAACAGAUAUUGGAGUGCAUAUUCACCAGUCAUCGAAAGGCUCCGGGCCCGCGAAAAGUCCUCCGUACCCGUGUGUCUCAGCCUAAUGUAGUAAUGUAGUAGCCUGGUGUCGCAUUGUCAAGGAUACUGCGACUCUGCAUUCUGUGCACGACGGAAAAGAAGAAGAAGCAAUGAUGGCGUAAAGUGUCCUGUCCCGGUGGGGAAUGCUGGCUGCUGUCCUGCGUCGGGCGAUCAUACCGUACGGGGAUCUAGUAGACUGGAAUAAAUGGACGGAACCGCCGCUUGCAUAGAUCAACUGAUGUAAUAUAAAACGGUGAAGAUAAAAACGGAAGCGAUGAAAACUGCAGCCUGUGCAUUAUAGCAAAUAGCCGAUCAUUGACAUGGUUAUCAAGUCAAAGGUGUAGCCUUGUUGGACGAGAAACAAACGAUUCACUAAAAAAUGGGAAGCUUGCCAAACUUGAGCGAUCUCUCAACGGAAAAGCUUGAACGACGGCUAGAGGAGCGAGAACGCAUCCUAGCCCGAGAACGAAUAAUUGAGCGUGAUUUUGGCCGUGAAAAGGAGUCGAUACGAACGCUUGAACGACCCGUAUUCAUCCACAAGCAACAGAUUGCCGCUGCAAAAAGUAUUUUUCAACAGAAAUGUCCUCCAGGUUCGAGGAAGGUUAUGCGAACACGAAGCUCCGGCCAAGCGCAUCACAUAUGGGACGACCCAAUAAUUGACCAAUACCUAACGAACUACUCGCCAGCCUCGAACCGUAGCCAUCGGAUCUCGGUCGGUCCCACCUUUCCCGCAGCCUACCAGUUUCAGUCGUCCUCGCUCGGGAACCGACACCGACGCGACUCGGUCAACAGCUCGAUCGGGGCAACGUCCGUGCGGAAGCUGUUGACGGUACAGAACCGCAGUUACGGCUGUCGGCACAAGAUCCCAUCGCACGUACGGUCGAAGAUGAUGAAGAACUUUAUCCUGGUGGCGGUGGCCCACGGUUUCAUGUGUACCGCGCUGGUACCGCUCAUAGUGCUGCAGGGCGCUAACUCGACCUGGUUCCAGCAGGAAUCCUGGCUAGCGGCCGGGCCGGACGUUGGUUCCGGGCUGCUCAGCUUGUGCUGUGCUGUAACGGCCGGUAUGAGCUUGAUGACGACCAAGCUGGUACAGCGCUUUGGGUACUCGAUCGUCCUGGCAGCGAGCUAUGGUGCUGUUUGUUUGUUUUUAGCUGCUCACAUCUACCCCGUACUGUUGUCGUUGGUUCCCGGGUAUCUGCUGCUAGGGCUCUUCCUCGGACCUUCCGUCAUCUGUAAGCAGGCACUGCUAGUGUCGAUGGCCGGCAAGUUGAGCUGCUCGCAGCCGGAAUGUGGCGGAGCCAGUACGGCCGGUGCGAACGCUGACAGUUAUGAUGAUCACCGGUUGCUGUGUAGCCGGCAGGAGCAGGUCCGUCGGCUAGGCCGAUGGUUCCGAGCGGCGGGAGACUUUGGAAUGAUUAUCGGCACGAUCGUGGCCGCGUUUGUGUUGACAUGUGCUGCGGGUUCGAACCGCAUCGGUUGCUACUACAUAUCGAGUCUUGGUCCACCCGCUCCGAAUGCGGCCCUAACGGGGACCUUGAACGGAACGACACCAACGUUCAACGGGUCUCACAACGAUCAACCGGUCGACGGAGGAUUGCCACUGUACAGGGACAUGCUUAUGUCACUACCGGAAGCUACGGAACAACCCGUAACCGACAAGACGGCAUCGACCACUGACGGCAUCAAACCUACCAAAGCUACAUCUCCCAAGGUUGUUACUCCGUCGAUGCCAACGCUACGUGAAACGAUGUACUUCCUGUACAAUAUCCGGCUACCAGACCCGACUGGGAACGGUGAGGAGGGAUCGCUUCCUCCCAGCACAUCGAGUGGCCCUUCCGGUGGAAGCCUCGACGAGAUGCACGAUCCAGCGGCACCGUACAUGGAUCGGUUCCCGUACAGCAUGUUCCAGACGAACGACUACGGUGAGCGCAUCUGUGGUUCACACCUUUGUCCGGUAUGGGACAGAAACUUGCCGGUCAACAGUAGUGCACUGGAGAAUCAGUUAAAACUGCAAGGAUACACAGGUGCCACGCCAUUGAUGUGUAUUUAUCUGGUGUUUGGUGUGUUGGCCUUUGCCGUAACCGCAUUCACGACGGACAUUGAGUUUAACGUCAAGUUUGACUCUAUCAGGCGAAUGUCCGACACGCUGCUGUUUGCCGGACCGCUCGCGUACUUCGUGGGCACCGAGCAGGCGUACAUGAUGGCCGAUUACAUGAAGGCUUUUGUGGCAUGCGAACUAGGGCCGAACAGUGUGGCCGGUGUUCUGGUCGGGAUGGGUGUGAUGCAACUGAUUGCAGCCUGCACCCUCAGCAUGCUUCUGAGACACACUAAACGUGUCGUAGUUAUUGUUGCUGGCUUUAUGUUCCACGCUUGCCUACUGCUUGUGCUCCUGCGCUGGAAACCUUCCAGGGACGAUAGUGCCGUCCUGUACGUCAUACCAGCUGCCUGGGGAGUGUGUAACGCGGUCUGGGAAACGCUACUAUUUGCUUUAACGACGCUCACGCACCCGAACAAGUUCGCCGAAGUGACAUCACCGCUGCAAGCGCUACGAUUUCUCGGCCUAGCCGUCACGUUUGCAGGGCACGGUGUACUGUGUGAGGCACCGAAGAUUAUCAUCCUAGCCAUACUGCUGGUCAUCUCCGUCAUACCGUACACCAUGCUGGAGCUGAAGCUGGAAAAUCAACGGAAAGCGCUGAAGCUUAGCUUGUGACGAUUGUGUGCCCACGAUUACUAAUGUUCGGCGAAGCAGAAACACUACUGAAGCAACCCACCGGGGACGACGGUAGUGUUUGGUGGCCCACACGAACCGGAACACAUGAAACGAUGGCGCCUUUGCUUCUCCAGGUAAUCGUAGCCUUGCGUGCGUAGACACAUACUGGGGAGGAAUAGGUGGUGACGUUCUGUCGAAGAGUAUUGCCGCAGCAUAGGGCGCGGAGGUACAGAACGCUCCUAGCAAAACAGAGUUAACAAGUAGGUCAUUCUUAUCGCCUUAACAGUGGUAAUAGCACACAGUGGUUGGCACAUGCAAGGCCCAACUGGCAUAAGUCACGUGCGCCAUCUUCAAAUUCUCUGCGCGCGUCUAGAUGAUCUCCACUGCUCUCGUUUGCGUAACUUACUGCUACUACCGUAGGCUAGUGAAGUUUUGCUCUCGUUUUUAGCCCCAUUUCAAUAUUGUGUGUCUGUGUGUGUGCAAUCAAUGUUAUCCACUCUUCCGGAUGUUGGAGCAGGGCACGUCGCCAUAGCAAAGGAUCGUCGAAUGUUACGCGAACUGAAAGGUGCAAGAGGCUGUAGGUUGCUCCUAACUGGUUUGUUUUUCCAAUGCGUUCAACCACUUACACACAUGUUUCCGCACGGCCUCCACACUUUUCGGCCAUUCCUAGAGGCUCUAGGUCCAGUUUUAACAUCUUCUUCACACCAAAGAGGCUAAGCGCGGCAAGAAAUGGAAUAUUGGCCCGGGGAUGAAAGGAAACACAAAUAACAGUUCCAACCAACUAUCAAACAUCGGAAUUGCGGAAACUAAAUCCAGUAUCAGUAGCAGGGAAAAAUUGAUAUUCGAAAAUGAAGUGCUUAGAGUAGAGCUACACAAGAUUGAUGUUCUGAAUUUGUGCCAAUUUGUCAACGAAAAACCAAAUCGUAUAUACAUAUAUAUAUGUAGAGAGAUAUUUAGGGGAUUAAGUAAGUGUAGGAAAUUUAUACAUACUGGCCAAAAUGAUUGACUGCGCAAAGAUUAGGUGAAAUGCACUCCAAACUAUUCCCGUACUAUAUUGCAGGCAGCUUAGCGUGGGUCUGAGGAGUUGUGGGACGUUUUAUUGUAGGAGCGCAACAGUGCACUUAUAGAAACUACUAGCGGCAGCAGUACUAGUAACUGAGUAGUAAACGGUCACCUUGUCUCGCCCCAUGUCGCCGGGUUUGGUAAAGCUUGCUUCGUAAAAACGCAUCACCUGCGCAGAAUGAUAGUGGCAGACACGUUUGCAUUUAAAAAAAUAGACUAAAUUUUGCGAGCGAUGAACUUUGUUCGAGUCCUACGUCCAAAGCUGCUUCUUUUCGUUCUAGGGCUCCUAGAAAAAAUAGUGCUCCACGGUUCCAAAGAGCUUUACGCGCAACUACCUGACCCUUGUCUUGGCUCUUAACGAUCAGUUGCUAACCGGGGCGGUCCGGUGGUCGAGGCGAUAACGGCGACGAUCUUCAACACUUGGCUUUAUUCGAUAUUAUUCGAUAAGGUCCUUUAGUUUUUUUCUUCCAAACAAAGUCUAAUGUCCACUGAUGAGAUCAUUUGGGAGUUUCUUCGAUCGACGCCGUACUCACCUUCAGAAGACAUUUUUCAGAAGCGCCAUCUCCUUUCAAUAGCAGUAUCUCGUGUGUUUUGUCCAAAACUGCUUCAAAUCAACUCGUAUACAUCGCAUGGAACAUGUUAAAAAUCAGUCUAUUUUUUUUUUAAUGCAUACGUUAAAAUUACAUAAAAUUGGUGCCAAAUCCGCGCUAGGUGUAGACAGUGAAACCUCAUCACAUAGCACCAGAUAUUAGGAUUUUAACUGAAUACGGUGAGAUUGCCCACUAAUCAAUUGAGCUAAUAAGGCUUAAUAAGGCGAAACAGUUCCAUACCAACUCAUAGCUCUCAGCCAACCUUAGCAACCAAUGGCUAUGGAAGAAUUGGGACAAAUAUUUGGAGGAAAACAAAAUGAAAGCGAAGAGCGAUAAAACAAUGGUUUGCCAAUAUCAAUCAAAUCGGAGGUGGUAUACACAACCGGGUCUACCCGUGCGGGCCUCCGUGACAGUCACAGAAACGCUUCGUAUUCCUCCAUGUUGUGUGGGUCAGUAGUGAUUUCUGAACACUUGUAGUAGUAAACCGAACCGAAUCGAAGAGUGUGUGUGCGUGUGUGUAAAUGUGUACUGCUGCUAGUGAAGACGAUAGAGAUGGAACGCAUUAUCAAAGCCAAACAGUUAUCCUAUACACACCCGAAUAAAGUCGAAAGAAUAGUCUAUACACGGACACACAC